AUGGACGUCGCCACGAGGCCCAUGGCGCAGCACGCGGACGAGGACGAGGAGCACAAGGCGCGCGGCGACGUCGUGGUGCGCGUGGGGGACGCGUCCACGGGCGCCGUCCACGCGGUGGCGCUGGUCUCGGCCAACGUCGUGGUCGAGGAGCUGCGCGAGGAGCUGGCGCGGCUCAGCGGCGUCCCCGUGGGCGAGCAGAUCCUGCUCUGCGGCCCGCCCUUCGCCCGCCUGGACCCGCGCCGCGCCGUCGAGUACUACGGGCUGCCGGCUGAGGACAAGGAGGUGUUCUUGUACGACCGCCGACUGCUGUCCCAAGAGGCGGCUACACCUCCGCCUGCUAUGGCGUUAACUCCAGUUCAUGCCAAGCUGCCAUCGCAGCCGGUGGCGUCGUCGGAAGGUUCGAAGAUGUUGAGUGAGAGUUCGCAUCCGAUGAUGCGGGCGCUGGUGGAGUACGAAGGAUACUUCCAGCUCCAGGUCAGCCAAAGCGAGGCGCUGGAGAGUGGCACAUGUGCCAAUAUCACUGCGAGUGAGCGGGGCGCGCAGGAGCUGCAGGUGCAGGAGCGUGCAAUUGCCGCCGCAGUCGCGAACUUGGACUUGUUCAAGACCUCGAUGAUGAAGCACUUUGCUCCGUUCUGGGCGGAUUUCCAGGCUACGACCGACAAGCACGAGCGCUUACUGAGCCAAUUUGACAGCUAUAUCGAAGCGUUGGGUACGGUGGAGCUCCACCCGGCCUUGGCUACGGAAGAGCGAAAGACGCUCUAUGAUUGCAUCCCGGUUGAGAAGGAGCGAGAGUGGGCGGCGCAGUGUGAGCAGUCGCACACGCAUGUGCGGUCGCAGGUGCUGAAGCUGCAACAGGUUCACGACGACAUAUGCAAGGAGGUGACCGAGAUGAUGAACGCGCACGCUGAGGCGUGUCGGGAGUACGAGGAGGCUAGCGCGGAAUUGGAACAAAUGAAGGCGCUGGGAAGCAAGCAAAUGAGCAUUACAAGUAACUUGCGUGACAAUUUGCAGUACGUGCUCAGCAGUAUCGAGGAGACGUCUACGAUUGCCAGCGGAAGUAACCCCAUGCAGGCAUCUACCAACGCGUUGGAUGUGUGCCGACGGAUUGAUGCGCUGUAUCAAGGACAGCAAAAUAUGGUUCCGGAUGCACAGAAGCUGGUGGAGGAUAUCAUAGCCCAUGUACACAACAUUGCAGCCAAGAAAGCGACGACUUUCGCGCGCGUACACUCAACUCUGCGCCAGAUUUCGAUCUCACAGUCCAAGAUCCGUGAUUUCGAAAAUUCUCUGGCCGUAUUUAGGGAGGCACUUGCCGCCCAAAAGAAGCAUUUCCAUGAGCUGGAGCAUCUGGAUAAGCUACCAGAAUCGUACGCUGCGUGUCUAAAGGAAAUCUCGAGGCGCCUGAAGUACGGUCGCAUGUUUUCAGACCGUAUUCAGUCCAUGGCUGAGGAACUUGCACAGUUACGCGAGGAUGAGGUCCAACACCGUGAAGAAUUUUUGCGAAGCUACGGCCAGCAUUUGCCGCGCGAUUUCGUAACAGGUCUUGCGGAAAAGCCAUCUCACUGUGAGUUCCGUAUGCGACCAUUUGAUCAGAGCCUGCCUUUGAUCGAAGAUGAUGAAGAUGAUAAAGAUUUCGAUCCGUUUGAAGAGAAGGACCAUCCUCCGUCGGACGAAUUCGUCGAUUGUGAGGACCAUGGUAGUUCCUCAGGAUCGAUCACCAACGCGGAGCUUCUCCAAGAACGAUGCAACGAACUGGAAGCACGUGUAGCAGAACUUACAUCAGAGCUGGAGCAGUCAAAGAAGAACCUGUACUACAAUGGGUCGGGAAGCGACUCAACUUCUCGGUCAGAUAUGUCGAAGAAUAGUGCACGAGAGGGAGAAAGUUCAUGCGAGUUCCCGUUGGUGCUGGCUUUGGCAGCGACGGCGGGCGGCAUGACCAGUUCCUCGGAAGCCGAUCGCUCCAACAUUCUUGACCGCGAGUUGGCAACGGUGAGGCGGAACAUUGGCUCUGGUGCCGAUAACAAGGAUGCGACUAUUGCCAAGCUGGAGAUCCAGGAGCGAUCAAAGCGCGAGAAGCAACUCAAGGAGAACCAGUCCAAGCUUCAGCAGACAGUCAAAGGUCUGAGUAGCAGUGUUCGAUCCCAGCGAACGUCAUUAGCCAAGCUGCUGAAGCUGCUUCAGCUUCCCCUUGAGCCGCAAACAGUCGAGGACGAGGAUGUCGAUGCCUUUGUAAAUGCCAACUUCGACGCUGUGGAGACGCGUGUGAAGGAACUCCUAGCAAGCGCUGAAUCGGAAGCGAUGUUGCAGUCGGAGUUGGACCAGCGGCGGUCCGAGUUCCGCUUGAUGGAAUCGGAGCAGGAUCUGAACGACUCGUUCAAGAUCUCCUUCCGGAGCUUCAGCGUCAAUGACCUGGCACUGUUCUUACCGACCUCGGCCCCCGGAAGCGAUGCGCAGCGUGUGUAUCUGGCCUUUCAUCUCGGCUGCCCGCACCGCUUCCUCUCGGAAGAAUCCAUCUCCUCGUUCAGCAAUGACGGCCAAAGAUACCCGGACUACGUGGUGGGCCGCAUUGUGCUAAUCGACGAGCAGACGGCGACGGAGGGCAACAACCCGUACGCGCUUCACCUCGGGACCACGUUCUACGUCUUGACGGUCACAAGUCUUCACGAAAGCUAAGCUAAGCCCUCAGCCCCCAUCUACCUAACCAAAGCCACACUAAACCAAUCUGCCGCAUAACGUGAAUGAAAUGUUCAGCGGUGAAGGCGAACCUCCUGUUCAGCUUGGGCGGGCCUUCCUGCAGAGCCAGCGUGUGCACUUGU